AUGGAAGUACCUUAAGUUUCAAGAACGAGAUUAAGUUCAAAAAAGCUAAGCGAAGGAAUGAGAAUUGAUAAGAAGGGUCAUCCUAUAUUAAAAGGGUAUAAAAUGCAUUAAGUGACAUUCAUUGAUGAAAUAGUGAAAGGAAAUAAAAUACAUUAAAUAGUAUUAGUAGAUUGUUGGAAAGAGCAUAAUUUCAAUAAUUAUGAAAAUCAAAAUUAAAAAUGCUGUUUGAUUUGUUGA